AUGCCUAGGCAGGAACGGUCAAGCGCGCCUGCACUCAAUGGAGAGGGCAGGCUUUCCCCAGAAAGUGCCGAGGCACAUGCUGCAGCCGAGCCAGUCAAGGGCCCCACUUCCCCCAUUCUUGCCUCCCCAAGCGCCCCGUCGUCGGUCGCGCCUCCCAAACCGUCCGUCUCCGUCCGUGCUUGCCUUGCCUCGCCUCCGCGCCCGCGCCCGCUUGCUGCUGCUGCUGCUCGUCCCAUCAGGCCGCAUCCUCCUCCUCCUCCUCCCAGCCCGCGCCUCCUGCGUCUUCGUUUCUCAUCAUCCCUUUUUCGACGCAUCGCCGUCUGCUGCACCGCGCGCUCGUUGCCAGGCGACAUCACAGCGCCCCCGCCUUGUUUUGAACUUUUGCCCAGCCCGGGCCUGCGCCGCGGUUUUUUGCCCUUUGGUUCGCCCCCCGCCGUUCGUCGGUUUCGCCGAUCGCCGCACCGCGAAAAGCCAGCGUCGGACCGACGUCACUCUCCCACCAACACUGCGCUCAGUCACCAACAGCGACCCAACGACGACUCGACCAGAGCGUCGCAGCGCUCGGCAUACGGUGCGGCAAACUCUGGGCAAACCCUUCCUGAGGGUCAGGACCAGCGCAUCCUCCCAUUUCCUGGGCUGAGCAGCCGCUCAUUCCCGACAAAAAUGGCAUCGCCCCCCAAGCCCUGGGAGCGGCCCGGCGUCGCCUCGGUGCCCUCCGGUUCGUCCUCCAUCACCGCUACUCCUAAUCCUCCAGUCACAGCGACAGCCGCCGGCUCAACGACAUUGCCUGGCUCAUCCACAUCAGCGCCUCCGGUACCCGAUCGCCCUUCCUCGCUCACCUCCGCCGUCAACCAAAACGCCGCUGCGUACAGCCGCAUGGGUGUGCCCGGUGUCGGCGCCUCUCCAUACAGUGCCUACGGCGGUGGCUACUCCUCUCCAUACUCAAGCCCGUACUCUCGCUUCGGCGGCAUAGGUGGCUAUGCUGGCGGCAUGUACGGCGGCUACGGAGGAUAUGGAGGUGGCAUGGGCGGUGGCAUGUACGGCAACAUGUACGGGGGCAUGCCUGGCAUGCCCGGCGGCGACCCCAAUAGCCUGACCAACAGCUUCAGCAACAGCACGGCGGCCACUUUCCAGAUGCUCGAGGGCAUCGUCACGGCCUUUGGCGGCUUCGCUCAAAUGCUUGAAACCAUGGUCUCCGUUGCCGAGCAGUUUGGCAACCUGCGCGACACUCUGGGCUCGAUCCUCGGCAUCUUCACACUCAUCCGCUGGAUACGGACGCUCAUCGCCAAGAUUACCGGCCGUCCGCCGCCGGCAGAUGCGACGGCCCUCACCCCCGCCGCCUUUGCCCGAUUCGAGGGUCGGCCCGGCCCCGAUGGCUCGCCCGGACCCGCCAAGGCUAGCCGCAAGCCCCUCCUGUUCUUCCUCGCCGCAGCGUUCGGCCUUCCGUAUCUCAUGUCCAAGAUGAUUCGAACCCUUUCGGCUUCGCACGAGGAAGAGGAGAGGCGCCUGCAGCAGCAGGCCUUGCAGUCUCAGCAGCCUGUUGACCCCUCCAAGCUCGAGUUCUGCCGCCUGCUUUACGACUUCCUCCCGCAGCCCAACACCAACGCCAGCAUGGAGCUCGAGGCGCGCAAGGGCGACCUGGUUGCCGUCCUGAGCAAGAACGACCCUGCCGGACAGCCUAGCGAAUGGUGGCAAUGUCGAUCGCGCGAUGGCCGGCAGGGCUACCUACCCGCCACGUACCUGGAGGUGCUGAAGCGCCCCGGACAGGAGGUCAAGCAGAUUAAGGCGGCAGGUGACGACAGCAGGACCAACUCAAUCACAAGCGCGGUGGCGAAGCCUGAAGAUGGCAAGAAGGAAUACGCAACGGCCGAUGGCAUGCAAAGAAGUCACUUCUACUCGUAA